AUCCAGCAACACUAACGAAGACCUCACGAAUAUGGCCGCCGACCUCCUCCGCAUGGCCCCCGGCCCUUCCCAACAUGGCUGCCAAAGCGGUCCCUCAGCCCGCCUCUAAACGACCCUCCCAAAAUGGCGCCCGUGACGCCGCUUCUCCUCUCACUCAGACCCAUUCACGAUGUUCGUUCGCUAGAACGAGCGCGGCAGAACUCCCCGGAUGAGGCACACGUCGCUUCGUUGCUGUGUUGCGCUGCCCUACGCAGUCGAUAAGGAAAUAUGAAAAAAAAGCGGGCCCGGCCGCCCUUCUCAUCAUGGCGGCGCGGCGGCUCCCCUCACGCCGUGCGUCCUCCCCUCCCCCUCCCCGCUCGGCCUGCUGCCGCCGCCGCCGCCGGACUCGAGUGCCGCCCGAGCUAGGCCCGAGCCUUGGCGCGCGCCUCUCCCGCUCCCGCCCUCGCCCCGGCGUCGCCUCAGCGGGAGGCCCGCCCGCCAGUCCGCCCAGCGCCGCUCGCCUCAGGCGGCCCCGGCCAGGCCCAGCCCGAGGGGCGCGCUCCCUGCCCGCCUCGCGCGGCCGUGUGUGGCGCUCCCUCCCUCCCUCCCGCGCGCGCCGCCCGGCUCUCCCCUCCCCUCCUCGCCGGCGGCGCCCCCGGCCGCUUCCUGCCCGCCCGCCCGCCGGCCGGCCCGAGCCCAGGCUCCACGGCGCAGGCCCGCUGCAGCGCAGCCGCUCUGAGUAACUAUUAAUGGAGGAACACACAGUGACCCAGACGGAGCACAUGGCCACCAUUGAGGCCCAUGCAGUGGCCCAGCAGGUCCAGCAGGUCCACGUGGCCACGUACACGGAGCACAGCAUGCUCAGUGCAGAUGAAGACUCGCCGUCUUCCCCUGAAGACACCUCCUAUGACGACUCCGACAUUCUCAACUCCACGGCCGCUGAUGAGGUGACUGCUCACCUGGCCGCUGCAGGCCCAGUUGGAAUGGCAGCGGCGGCGGCUGUGGCAACGGGUAAAAAAAGGAAGCGUCCCCACGUUUUUGAAUCCAACCCCUCGAUCCGCAAGAGGCAGCAGACUCGUUUGUUACGGAAGCUCCGGGCCACGCUGGACGAAUACACCACCCGUGUGGGGCAGCAGGCUAUUGUUCUGUGCAUCUCACCCUCCAAACCCAACCCUGUUUUUAAAGUGUUUGGCGCAGCACCGCUGGAGAAUGUGGUGCGCAAGUACAAGAGUAUGAUCUUGGAAGACUUGGAGUCAGCGCUGUUGGAACACGCACCUGCGCCACAAGAGGUUAACUCUGAACUGCCACCUCUCACCAUCGAUGGGAUUCCGGUCUCUGUGGACAAGAUGACCCAGGCCCAGCUGCGAGCAUUCAUUCCUGAAAUGCUGAAGUACUCAACGGGUCGUGGGAAGCCAGGCUGGGGGAAGGAGAGCUGCAAGCCUGUUUGGUGGCCAGAAGACAUCCCGUGGGCCAAUGUUCGCAGCGACGUCCGGACAGAGGAGCAGAAGCAGCGGGUAUCUUGGACACAGGCGUUGCGGACUAUUGUGAAGAAUUGCUACAAGCAGCAUGGCCGAGAGGACCUGUUAUAUGCUUUUGAGGAUCAGCAAACACAGCCAACAGCAGCAACACACAGCAUAGCACAUCUGGUACCGUCCCAAACUGUAGUCCAGACCUUCAGCAAUCCAGAUGGCACUGUCUCUCUCAUCCAGGACACUUGGGGGAAAAAAGAACAGUUUUCCUUUUGGGUUGGAACAGGCGCUACAGUGGCCACCUUGGCCGAUGCCUCUGAAUUGCCUACCACGGUUACCGUCGCCCAGGUCAAUUACUCCGCAGUAACAGAUGGAGAGGUGGAACAAAAUUGGGCAACGUUACAGGGGGGCGAGAUGACCAUCCAGACAACACAGGCCUCAGAAGCCACGCAGGCAGUGGCAUCCUUGGCAGAAGCGGCAGUGGCGGCCUCGCAAGAGAUGCAGCAAGGCGCAACAGUCACCAUGGCGCUCAACAGUGAAGCAGCCGCCCACGCUGUAGCCACCCUUGCCGAAGCCACCCUUCAAGGUGGUGGGCAAAUUGUCCUGUCCGGUGAAACAGCUGCAGCCGUCGGAGCGCUCACUGGAGUUCAAGAUGCAAACGGGCUCGUCCAGAUCCCAGUGAGCAUGUACCAGACAGUGGUCACCAGCCUUGCUCAGGGGAACGGCCCCGUCCAGGUCGCCAUGGCACCCGUGGCUGCGAGGAUAACGGACAGCACCGUUACCAUGGAUGGCCAGGCAGUGGAAGUCGUGACGCUGGAACAGUGACGGCAGACCGGCAGGAUCGUGAGGCUGCUGCUUCCUCCUCUCUUGCGCAAAUAAUUUUUCUAGACCUCUCUGAAGACGCAAUCAGGUGGCAUUUGAGUCUCGCAGCUUUGGAAGCCAAGGGUUUUGCUAACCAAACAGGAAAAAAAAAUAGAGCCCAAGGGUUAUGUUGGAGUGUGGCUUUGUGCGCCACCCUGAUCUCAAGGGAGUGAGGAGCCGGUCUGGGGCCAGACUAGGUCAAGCUGCCCUCCCCCACUGCAUGGACCAUCCUUUCUUCAAGUGAGAGGGAAGUGCCCUCCCCUCUCAAGGGUCUAUGGCAGCGCUCCCCACAGGCUUCCGUUGCCCCUUCCUGCAGAGGAACAUAGAACCAGGCUCCUCUGCUGUCCUCGUGCUGAGAAUUAGGUGUCAUUUUAACAUGGACAUAAAUUUAAAAAGAGAGAGAGAGAGGAAUGGAUUUGGGAGAGAGAGUUUGGAAGAGACUUUUUUUUUCUUUAAGAAGGCAUGAAAGAAUAAGACUCUCCUAGGGGCAACAGCGAGGGCUGCCGCCGCUGCCCACUGACUCCGGAUCCUUCUAAGAAAGAGAGAGUGGCCUUCCUUCUGCAAGCUGAGCGACCCUACACUGUGGGUCCUGUGCUGUUCCCUCGGUUUUCUCAGUCCAUGCUUGAAAACCUGCCCUCCCCUUCCCCCGCCGAUCAGUUUUUGCUUGCAUUUUAAGAACCUUCCUCCUUAGAAGUUCAGAGAAGCCCACAGGAGACGUGAGAGAGGGGCGUGGGGCAGGAAGGUGAGGUAAAGAGACACCCAGGUCAUUUUCUCCUUUCCUUCUUGGGCCACAUGGCAUAGACGUUGGCCUGGGCCGUUUGAUGCAGCUGCAAUGAAGGACUUCAGGACAACUGUGCUUGAGCCAGACCUCUGCCCUCCCCUCUCUGCCUUGGCCUUCCGUUGCCUGCAGGUCCACCAUUUCUUGCUCCUCAACCUUCCAGGCGCUCCUUCCCAUCAUCUCGGGCUCCAUAUCAGGCACUCUCCCCACCACUCCGUCGAAACAGCAUCUCGCACCCCGUAUACCUGCCCCCCACCCUCCUUUCCUCAGCCAAGCUGGCCCAGAAAGCCCACACUGCUCACUGGUGCUGCCAGUGGUGCGUGGAGACAUGUGCCAACAUGCCCAAAGGUCAUGGAGUGAUGUGGCAGACGCUGUUGGGGGGGGGGCUCAGUGCUCAGAAGGCAAAGGGGGUAUAUGCCAUUCAGGUGGGCACCCCAGAGGGCAGGCUGCCCCAGUGCAUUUUCAGCAGCUGACUUUUAUGUAACCCCCCCAAGGAAGAACCAAGCACUGCCGUUGCCCCUCAGGUGAGCGCUUUCUCGGCCCUUCCUUUCCCUGCCCACUGGUGCCUGGAACUGUACACAGUGUUAAUUUUUUUUCCUCUUUAUUUUAUUUUACACAGCCAUUUACCAGAUCUGUCAACAUCUGUCUCAGCUUUCAAAGCAGAAUACCUUUUUUCAGAAGCUUGUAUUUACUUGGGUUGGGUGGGCGGAGUUCAUGGGAAAUCUUGACCGUUCUUUUGUAUGUUUUUUUUUCCCUGGACUUAAAUUGAGGUAAGGGAAGCGUUCCCAUCAAAAACCAAACCAGGGCUCUAAUCUUUUUUGUUUAAUUUUUAAAUAUUAUUUUUUAUCGUCGUUGUGAAGAUGUCAGGUGUGACUUUAAAAUCGGUGUUCCUUUUUGACAAUGGAAUAACGUUCUGAUAGACUGAGAAAUUAUUCCCCUGAGACCCAAAGAGAACCCCCCCCCCCUUUUCAGCCCAGUCCUGUAGCAGAGCAUGGAGUUACCCGUCCCCCCCGGGAUUCUGUCUGUUGCCUCAUUCAAUAAAUUGUUACAAACGUGUCCAUAA